AUGGAAAAGGAUAAAAUGAAUUUAGGCAUUAAAGAAAAAGAUGGAAUAAUAGCUAACCAAGACAAUAACAAAAUUUUUGAAAAUAUUUAAUAAAAUUUGCUUUAAGAAAUGUCUGAAGUUAUAAAGACAAUUAAUAAUUGGAUUGAAAAAUUCCAAAGUGAAUUAGAAAUAUUAAGAAAAGAAUUAAUGAUCAAAUUGGAUUAAGCUAUAUUUUUAUUAAGAGAUUGGUCAGAAGCUUUAUAAUUAGUAAUUUAAUAAAAACCAAAUCUAAGUUAGUAUAAGAUAGAAAUUUAGUAAGGUCUAUAUUCUUAACCGUCUUAGAUCUUGAAAAAGACAUAUGAGGAUUCUAUUAAAUAAGUAAAUUCUUCCUAUUUAUAAAAAAUAAUAUUAGCUAAAGACUCUUUGAAGAAGGAAAUAGAACAAGAUAAAAUUGAAAUAUUGUUUAAAAACUUUUGUAUUUGGGAAUCUUAAUUACAGAAAAAAGAAUUAUAUUAUAAACUCAUUAAUUAAAUUGUUUAAAAAGAAAUAUGUUAUAGCCUAGCAUUUAAUUAAUAAGGAACAAUCAUGGUUAGUUGUUCAUAAGAUGCGAUUAAGAUAUGGAGAUUUCAGGAUGGAAAGCAGAUUGAUUGCAUAUAAUAGAUUUAUGGAGAUAGUGAAACAGAUUAUGCAACUUCUUUAGUUUUUAGUCGAAGGACUAAUUUUUUUAUAGCAGGUAGCUUUGAUUCAUCAAUUAAACUUUAUUAUGAUAAUAAUGAUAAAUGGUAUAAGUAAGCUAGUAAUAAAUCUCACGGAGGUCUAGUAACUUGUGUAAUUUUAAAUAAAUAAGAGGAUUAAUUGAUAUCAUGCAGUUCGGAUUUCUUAAUUUUUAUUUGGAAAAUAAAUCUUACCUUGAAAUCUAUUGAGUUUGAUUAUGAAUUAUAAAGACAUGAAAAAGCCGUAAUUGGUCUAAGUAUCAAUUUAUCAGAAACAGAGUUUGUUUCUACAGGUUAUGAUUAAAAAAUUAUUAUUUGGAAAAAAAAAGCCAAUUAAAAAUGGAUUUUUAAUCAAUUAAUUGAUCAUUAAUAUUCUGAUAUUGGUUGUGGAGUUUCCUAUAUCACAGACACAAUGAUUGCUUGGUAAUAAAGCGAUCAGCCAUAUAUUCAUUUUUUUGAAUUAAAAAAAGACAUUUAUGUAGAGAAAAAUCAGUUGAUAUUGGAAUACUCGAAAUGUAAAACUAAGACUUAAUUAUUCUUAUUCCCAACCUUAUACAAUAAUGAAAAAAAAGUCAUAAUUUAAAAGUUCAACAGCAAAAUCUAUUUUAUUCUUUUAGAUAAAGAAACUAAUUAAUUUAAAGUUGAUUCCAAUUCUAUUGAAUGUUCCAGUAGUGUAUUUUUUGGUAAUUUAUCUUAAGAUGGAAAGUUUUUAGUCAUUUGGGACUAUUUGUUGACAAAAUACUAAAUUUAUGAAUUAUGUUAUGAAUGA